GAGAAAUAUCUUGACACUACCGAGCAGGAAUAGCAGUGUUUUCAUUCUAUACAAAAACAGCAGGUAUAAAGAUGAUGUGCGAUGCGAGCUUCGAUCUGUCUCUGGCGUUGGACAGAACUUACAUGCCAGACACCAUUGAAGUUGAGGCAGGCUGCCACCACGCGGUGAAGAAAGGAUCCCUGAGCAGGGGCCAGUCCUGCGACCUCCACGCAGGCCUCGAGCUGGAGGUCUUCUCUCAGCCUCAGAGCAUGCGCCAUGCCGCCAACCUCAUCAUUGCCCUGCAAAGGAUGAAGAGUGGCCACAGGCUGACAGGCACGGAGUUCAGCGACCAUGAGCUGCUGAACAUCAUGAUGGAGAGCAUAAUGGAGGAGCAUGUGACGGUGAGGGUGCAGGACCCCACCUACAGCAGAACCAGCAUGUUCAGGCGGAGCACCAUAAACCCAGAGGUGGAGUGCAGUGUGUGCGACCAGUACCAGAAGAGCCUGGUGCUGAACGAGGACGCCCUGGAGCUGACAGCCAUGACCCUGCAGGCUGCGGGAAUCCACCACAAAGUGCGGCUGAAUCUGUCCUCGUACAUGGCACACCCCUUAUCUGGGAACAGGGGGCAGCCCGUUGCCCUGGCAAUCGCUGGCAGGAACCUCUACCUCUCGUGUGCAAUGAAGGAAGGCGUGCCUGUUCUACAGCUGGAGGAGGUCAACAACAAGGAAAAGCUGGAUACCAUCAACGCUGAGGGGGACACCGCACGCUUCCUGUUCUUCAAGAGGGGCAACGGCCUCUCCAUGACAACCUUCGAGUCGGCCAAGUUCUCCGGCUGGUUCAUCAGCACCGGGGUCGAGGAGCGCGAGCCGGUCGAGAUGUGCACCAUGCAGGCAGCCGACCGCCUCACCUCAUUCAUGGUCAAACAGUGAGGACGGCAACACACCUGAAUCAGUAUCUCCUUGAUUCGUCAACCACAGAUUCUCACGGUGUAUGUACUGAGUACAGACAGUGAAUUCCAUCUUCAAGUUGUAUUGUCUUUCUUAAGAUAGUCAAAAUACCCAGCAAUGAUUGCUGGUGCUUUGAUUCUGCACCACUAGAUGGCACCCUGUAAUACUAAUGAUCAGUUUUGUCAGGAGACUCAUUGCUGCCUGUUCUGGGGAAUCUAACAGGAGGUGGCUCUUAAGAAACAGAUCUAUUGACUUGUCAGUGUGAAUGUUUACUGUUUUUUAUUUUACUUGUUUGUAUCACAUAUAAGUCUGUGUG